CAAAGGCUUAGAAAUCCACAGCUCUAUUCUACCUACGUACAUAACACAUAGGGGGGAAUAGCAAUGGCUAAUAUGCUUCGCGCCAUUGACCCAUUGCCUUGCAAGCUUCACCAUAUAAUACCGCCCUGAACCCACGGCUUCCUAUCCCAACCAACCCCGCUACCCCGCCAAAUCCCUCAUCAUAUACGGAUACUAUACCCAUAGUCCACGAUGGAACUCUACGAAGAGUUCCCAUUUCACGAUGGAGAGAAGGCCAUGCACAAACUUCUUCAAGUACCCAUGCGUGACAAUCCUACACAACCAUUCCUUACUCCAAAUGCUGCCAACACUCUUAUCCGGUCACCAAUACUUGCGAUAGGUGCUCUCGACUUGAAAGGAAGGCAUUGGACGUCGUUAUGGGGAGGUGAGGCUGGAUUUUCGAGGCCGGUGGCUCAAGGAAUAAUAGGCAUGAAAACAGUCAUUAAUCAAUCCUACGACCCCGUUGCGGAGAUUCUUCUUGAGGGGAAACACGACGGGGAAGUGGUGAAGGCUGAAGGCGCUGGGAAGAUGGUGGGCAUGCUAGCAAUCGAUCUGGAGACCAGGAGCAGGGUCAAGUUAUAUGGCCGAAUGGUUGCUGGAGCUUUGCAGGGUACCGAAGGAGGAAUUGGCGACGUGCAACUUGUUGUUAAGAUUGAGCAAUCGCUGGGUAUGUACUGGCCACCCCUCAGGCGAUUUCUUGAGCCAAUCACUGAUAGGCAAUUGUCCGAAAUAUCUCAACAAGAAACAUAUCCUCCCCAGCAUACCACAACCUAAACUUGUUACCUCUGAAUUGCCUUUACCUCAAGCAGCACUUGACCUUGUCUCGAAGUCUGACCUAUUCUUCAUCUCCUCUUCAAACCAGGAAGCAGAUAUGGAUACGAAUCACAGAGGAGGUCCACCAGGAUUUGUUCGAAUGCUUCAGACUGAAAAAGGAACAAGCUUGGUCUAUCCAGAAUACAGUGGAAACCGGCUCUAUCAAACCCUCGGAAACCUCAUUACCACCCCACAAGCAGGCCUGAUCUUUCCCGAUUUCGAAACUGGCGAUGUGCUUUACGUGACUGGUAACACCGAGAUCUUGGCUGGCAAAUCGGCGGCAGAACUGAUUGCGCACACAAAUCUGGCAGUCAAAGUAAACAUCGAAGCCGUACGCUUCGUAGUAAAUGGUCUCGGUUUCCGUGGGGAAGUGGGGGAAUACUCUCCAUACAACCCCCCUGUCAGAUAUCUAUCCACGGAACCUCCACAAAGUACUAAGGAGCUCGAGCAGAUACCGGUCCAACUUGUUAAUAAGAAAAUCAUCACACCCACAAUAGGAAGAUUUCGAUUUCGCAUUACUGACGCCCAAGAACCAGGUCUUCAGUGGAAACCAGGACAACAUGUAGCCCUAGGCUUCAAGGAUGAAUUAGAUACUGGAUAUCGUCACAUGAACGACGAUGACCCGAAGAGUCUCAAUGAUGACUAUAUCAGGACUUUUACUGUAUCUUCACGUCAGGAUUCUCGUGCAAGUAACGAGGAAUUCGAGAUUACGAUCCGGAAGGUCGGGGUAGUUACCGAUUUCCUAUUUAAACGAAAUCUCCGCGCGGGUCUUGAGGUCUCCCUGCAAGGCUUCGGUGGAGAUUUAUUCAUCAAACAGAAUACCAACGAAAGCGUGGCUUUUUUAGCUGCCGGUGUUGGCAUCACACCACUUCUCGCCCAGAGCAAGGACCUUGAUUUACAGCGAUUCCACCUCUUCUGGACAAUUCGCGCGGAUGAUUUAGCUCUUGUUAGUGAUACUUUUGAUCAGAACCCUGGUCUGGAUAAAAGAACGAGGUUGUCUGUUACUGGAGCUGUGAAUGAAGAGUCGGUUGCCUGGAAGAGAUUAAAUACUUCUUGUGCGAUGUUGUGUAAAGGUAGGAUGGCGAAGAGUGAUCUUGAGGGUGUGGAGGCGGCUAGGUGGUAUUUGUGUACGGGGAACUCUUUGAGAAAUUUGUUGGCUGGGUGGUUGUCGGGGAAGGAGGUGGUGUAUGAGGAUUUUAAUUAUUGA